GUACAUUGUAUAAUAACAUCAAAUAUGAUAGGGUAUUCCGGCGUUCGCAUUCACAACAUCAUAACCUCAAAUCCUAACCUAUGAUUUUUAAAUAGUUUUCUUAAUUAUACGCAAUGUUACGUCAAUUAAGUACGGUACUUCAUAAAUAAUGUAUUUAAAGAGCCUGGAGAUAGAAAAAAAGAUCGCUCAACAUGCACGGAGGAGGAAUUAUUAAAUGUUUGGAUAAACAAUUGCUAUUCCAUCUUUACCAUCGAUCUCGCAUGCUUGGAAACAAAAGACUUGCCAUAAAAUAUCAUUAUCCACUGCUGACAUUUCAAAAUCACUUUACAAAUUUGCUGAAUAGCAUUCUUGAGAAGCAAAUUUUGUGGGGUGACAAUUCAGACAUCAGACAAUAUUUAAAAGAUAAUGAAUGUGGAACCAAUGUUAUGCUCUCAACCUUCAUGGAAAUAUUUCACAUGAAGCGAUGCGUAGCAAGGGAUCUGUUAUCGAAGAAUCCCAUUUUCACAGAACUACCAAGGAAACAAAUCAUGCAAAACUAUCAAAUAUUGAAAAAUGCAAACUUUAUUACAUCUCUAAUACAGGAUAAUGUAUUAUUAUUAACCCAAGACACAGAGUUUCUUCGGAAAAAAAUUGAUACAGUACAAAGAUUCACAAACGACAUUAAUGAUGGGAUAUUUUUAUUGUAUCAUAGCGCAACUAAUUUAAGAAAUUUGGCAAAUUUUAUUCAAAGUCAACCAGAGUGUUUUGAAACAAAGUUUCAGGUAAAACCAAGAGAUUUGUAUACUAUACUUUCUAAAUAUUUAUACAUUAUUAUGCAAGAACCAGAAUCAACUAUACGAAAACUAAAGUUGUUGUUAGAUUAUGGAGUUAGUGUAGAUAAUCUUCUGAAUUAUGAAUGGCCGAUGUAUUGUUCAUAUGAAAAAAUGCAAAUACGACUAGAAAUUUUUUCUCAGAGUGGAUUAUUACCACCACCAAGGCCUUGGGUUCUAACUUGCAAUGACUUAUUCUUUAACAGCAAAGUGAAGGAAAAAGUGAUUGAUACAGAUGAGAAAUCUAGAAUAGUAAAUUUUUUAAGCAAAAAAUCUGGCUAUAGUGAAAUGUUAAUACGUUAUAAAAUCUCGGCUGCUCAAAGCCUCAAAUUGGACAAUUUAACUCAAGUAAAAGAAUUAGUUGAUAUCAUUACAGAGGAAGGCUACACAUAUGAUGACAUAAUUUGGUCAAUAAAAGUAUUAGAUCUUAGGAAUGAUUUUAUCAAAAAGCGAUUUUUUAUGUUACAAAAGAAAAAUCAUAAAGCUCCAUUUCUCAAUGUAUUAUUAUUAUCAAAUGAAGCUUUUGUUAAUUAUAUGAAAAAUCUUAGUAUAAAAGAAUAAAACCUGUUGAAUAUAAAUUUUAUAAAUUGAUAUUUUACCCAAUUUAAAUAUUAGAAGUUUCUACAUCUAUUCUACAUAAAUAUGACUGUAUGUCUUGUACUAGUACUCAAAAGAAAAAACUAUUUAAAAUUUAGUCUUCGUGAAUUGUUUAUGGUUUUUGAUAAAAAUGUUCUCAGUAUUUGUAUAAAAAAUACAAAAUUGUAAUUUUAUUAAUGUUUACAUAUUUGAAUGAGAUCAAUCUUAAUAAUUAAGAAUUUUUUACAUUUAACAAGAUAG